AUGGUGAUUACGGUGCAAACUCUUCGAGGCGGCCUUUACGCCGUCGUCAAAGCCACACUCCUAGGCUCAGUGUUGUCGAAUGUCUUGCUGGUUUUGGGCAUGUCCUUUCUCUUUGGCGGCCUUGUCAACGUGUCGGGAAAGCAAGAAGCCAAGGCCAAAGACCCAGAGCUCCUUGACAAGGAAGAAGGCGGAGGAUACAGUGUGGUUGCAGAGAAGGUCCAGACGUUCAAGAUUCUGGGCGCCAUGGUCAACACAUCCAUGCUUCUAUUGUCCUGUUUGUCUUUCACCCUAGUCACGGUCUUUGGGACGAUGAUGUCCGAGCAAUACGCCAUGGACCGCAGAAGUUUGGAGGAAGUGAUGCUUCCAGUGUCGCGCACGUGCUCCAUCAUCAUCAUCUCAGCCUACGUGGCGUACAUUGUUUUCCAGCUCUUUACGCACCGCACAGUGAUGGCGGACACCGGCGACGGAGAUGGGGAGGAAGAGGAAAGCUCCAUCUCCGUGACCACAGCUGCGGUACUCUUGUUUGUGAUGACUUCUGUCGUGGCCUUCUGCUCGGACCUCUUGGUGGACUCCAUAGAGAACAUGACCGCAGACGCCCACAUGGGCGAACACUUCAUAGGCAUCAUCCUACUGCCCAUUGUUGGCAACGCCUGUGAGCACGCUGCGGCAGUACGGUUUGCCAUGCAGGACAAACCCGGCCUGUCGAUCGGCAUUGCUGUGGGCUCGUCGACGCAAAUUGCGCUCUUUGUGGUGCCCUUUUCGGUCCUGGUGGGGUGGUGCAUCGACCGCCCGAUGGACUUAAACUUUGGGGCCCUCAAUGUCACAGUCAUGACGCUCAGCGUGAUCGUUGUGCUCUCCAUGGUGGUCGACGGACAGCCCAGCUCUUGA